ACAAUAUGAACGACGGUGCUGGCGGGGAGACCGGCGGCAGCAGACGUAAAAGUAAGGACGAUGAGAGUCGCAUCCCGGUUCCGAAUCCCAGGGUGUUCCGACGCUCGGCAUCGCUACGCUUGCGUGGAGAGAGAUCUAGUCCCCGGUCGUUCCCAGAGUCCAUCGCGGAGGGCGGGCAAUCCUGCACGAAGAUCUGGCCCGGCAGGCCGUCCUGUCGUUACCGCAGUCAGUCUGUAAGCAACAAUCAUCCACUGGGAACCCCGAUCUCAUCUCUCAGCUCAUACCCUCACACACCAACACCAUCCCCGGAGGAAGCAGCAGAAACAGAUGAUGACAUGGGUUCACUUAAAAGUUUUGGAAGUGCUUGCAGCGCAAUGUCCUGUGACCAUGCAUACUUUGCUUGCAAUGGCACGACAUUCUCUGGCCGACGUAUGAAAUAUGUUGUCCAUUGCUCACCACAAAUGGAUGGUACAGAAGAGUACCUCACACCUACACAGAGGGCCAACCGACAGAUACGCAAGCUGAAGGCACUUCUAAACCAAGCGCAGAAAGACAUAGCACAGAAGGAUCAAGACAUAAUUCGGCUAACCAAAGAGGUUGUAGAACUGAGAUUAUAUAAAGCAUCAUUGGCUGUACCUCAAAUGAUAACAGACUCCACAAACAAUAUUGCCACCACUCAGAGCUGUGAUGAGAUAGAAGGAAAUGAAACAUCUCUGCAUGAGCAGUUGAGUGAUGGUGGUGACAGGAAAGACACUAAAGAUGGGGUAGAUGGCUGUGAAACUCUUGAAGUCUCAUCUUCAAUAUUCCUAGAUAACAUUAACACAACUUCUGACCUACCAUCAUCCCUGGCUGACUCGGGCCACUUUGAAGAUAUGGCAUCAUCAUCAAUCCACUCCAAAGACUCACUAACACAUCUAGGCCCACUACCUCACUCACCAGGCCUAGCUCAAUCUUCAGUAGCCCAUGAAGAUGGGCCAACUACUGAAGACAGAGAGGGAGAGAGGACUCGUAUUGUUACCAUGUAUGAGAAGAGGCUGGAGGAGAUGCAACGGAACCAUGUGGAUGAGUGCCAGGAGAUGAAGGAGCGACAUAAUGACAAAGUGGAGAGCUUGUUGCAGAAACUCAGUGAUGUUAACAACAGGUUCUGUGAGCUACGAGCAGAUUAUGACCAAGCUAAGGACAAGAUCCGAGAGCUGGAGAAGAAUAAUGAAUCUUUGAGGAGGAGCAUGGAAGAACAGGAGGAGAGGCACAAGUCGAUGUACCUGAAGAUGUAUAUGAAAGGACAGGAAGCAGCCAAGUUUGAGCAUGCUGAUCAGGUUUUGGAGUUUGCCCAUCGAGCCCCUGCACGAGUAUCAGUACCAGAGUUACUUCAGCAACUGCAAGUCACUGAGAAUGAACUGGAAAACAUCAAGGAUACGGACCACCAACAAACAGACAAAACAAAGCCGGCUUUGCUCAGUGCAAAGGAGGCCAUAUCUCUAUGGAUACUUGGUACUCGUAAGGCAAUGUACCGACGAAUCGUGGAGACUCGUACUGGCAAGGGUGAAAUGGAUCCUGAAAUUACCUUGCAGUUCCUGAAGUCUGCUAUCUACUACUUCCUCACUGACAAAGAGAAUCACCAAGGUCAUCUGAAUGCUAUUGAAAGUAUCCUGGGUUACAAUGAAAAUGAGAGGCUCACCAUUGAAAAGAUGUACAGAUCUCACACCAAGAAAUAGUUCCUCCAUAAUCUUGCCAUAUGUUACAUCUGUUGCUCAUUAUAUUUGAGCUGCAAUCCAUUGCAAAUGUUAGGUCUCUGAUGUUCAGGCACUGUGAAAUAGCUGAAGCACCUCAUUUCCAUAUUCAAAGGGAUGUUCUCAGCAUUGACAUUUUGAGAUCAGGAAGUGUUGGUUAUGGGUUAAAAACCUAUUCUGCCUUUCAUUUUCUUUUAUUUAAUUCCAUUAAACAAAGUCUCUCUUUGGCAGCUGAUAGCUAUUCAGGUGGCCAAGAAAUACAUAAACAUUCAAAACCAUGAGAAUUACUGCUUCCUGAGAUGUGACUCCGUAUAGUUGGGUACAUCUUUACUGACUUUUCAGAAGAGCAUGAAGCCCCUCUUUUCAAGGUAGAAGAGCACAGAAAACAUACCAUUAGAGGUAUAUGGAUUAUCAUGAUAAGGACUCUUUUCAGCACACUGUCCUUGUUUCGAACUUCAUGUUCCCUUCUUCUUUACCCCUUGUUUAUUUACUUUAGCCUGUCUUUCAUCAGCUUUUUUAUCGACUUUUUCUUUCUUUACUUCCCUCCUCUGCUCUCUGAAUCAUCUGUUGUUUGUGAUCCACUCUGCUCUUGAAAUGGGCCAUUUAAGAGGCUCUGUUUCUUCUUGUAACAGCACAUAUCAUGAGGGCAGAAAGUUACCCAAACCCUGUAAUCCACCUGUAAUAGUAUGACCUUAACCAUGAAUAUCUGACCACUACCGUCAUUUGUAGUAUUGCCCCUAUGCAGAGUGAAACCCUUAGAUGGACAAUACUUGUAAUGCUCAAGGAUUUUGAAGAUGUGGAAAAGUCAUACUCUUAUAUCUUGAAAAUGGAGACAGGAUGUUGCUCAAAAAUAUCAGCCAAGAUCAUUCAAACUACACAGUGUCACAUUCCAUGAGACAAUAACCUUCAUAGUCAAGACCAUGAAAACGUCAAUCCCUCAUAAAUAUGUUUACAAAAUCCACUAUUGCAUUCCAUCUCACACAUUCAUAUUUCUUUAGGUCUGAUGUUCUAUUUGAAACCAUUUACAUAACUCUAUCAUAAAAUAUCCAAAGAGAUAUGCAGUAUUGGCCUACAAUAAUUGUUACCUAGUACCAUUUCAUAGCUAUCAAAGAAGGUAACCUCACAGGGAUGGAUGUAAUCUCUCAGCUGUCAAACCAGAACUCCAAACAGACAACUGAAAUCUACUUACUCAAUAAAACCCUCGUCUCUCAGUAUGUUGUGUACAAAUACUUGUGUAAAAGAAAUAUGGAAAUUCAAUGUUAAUGUUAAGAUUAGGUAAUAGAAGUAAUGCAUUCUUCAUUUCCCUGAACCAUAUGCAUAUUGAUAAACUAUGUUUCCUACAUCUUUUAAUACACUUAGAUUGAGGCUGAAAAUAUGCUUGCCACCAUAUCCAUUGACUUGCCUGUGGCAAGUGACUGGGCAAAUUUCUGGGGCCUGUAUAAAAGUGUAGAGCUGGGUUAGCUGUCUGUACAGUGACACGCUUGAUGGCCAAAAUUUGAUCCCUGUCAGGGUCAAGACAUUUUUCUUUCCUCCAGUGUCAAGACCAGGUCUGAGACCCACCCAACACAUACUGGGAGCUCUAUCCCCAGGGGUACAGCUGACCACUCACUUCCAUCUAGGGCCAAGGUCAAGAAUGGUAGAGCUAACCUCCAUUCCCCAUACAUCUUCAUUGCAUAAUGCUUAAUUAAUUAUACACAGGGAUAACUUUACUUUUACCUGUACCAAAGUAUGCUAAUUGCACAUGGCCAUUAAGCAGAACUGUUAGUGUGAUUAUUCAGUUGCCUGAAGGUGCAGAAUAGAUUGUUUCAUUGAAUGUUAAAUACAUCUCAGACAGAAGACAUGUCUCUUAACACACUGAAUACUGAUGUAAAGAAGCAGUCAGUGAACCCAUGAGGCACAUAACAUUAACAUCAUUCAGCCUGAACAUUUUGGAUCUGUAACAUGCAGUGUAUUCAGUUACAUGAUGGUAGCUAAUAAUCUUAAUUUCUGUUCAUAUGUAGUUUAUGAAUAUGUUUUUAACUUGUACCAAAUAAAUUAUGGUAAACUCUUCUAAGAGAUCACAUGUAACACUUCA